AUGCAGAGAAUGCAGCUUUCGCGUGAAGACUUUGACAAUCCAGAGGUCGCUGGGGCGGUGAACCCCCACCCCGACUACGGUUACUUCCACGGUCCCAUCCCGAACCCAAACCCCACUUGGCGCCCACACCCGGACCCCCGCAGCACACCUGUGACCACCGCGGACAACGAGAAUGCCCCAACUCCUGGUUCAAGACUGUCAGGUAUUAAUAGCAUGGUAUGCGACAUCGCAGUCAAUGGCAACCAAAUGUGUGGCCAGCCCCUUCGCCGCCACAUCCGGAACGCCCAUCCCGGUGCCACUCUUAAUCCCUUCCGCACCAACAUUCCCCAGGCUGAGCGCAUUGCGGGUGAAAACGCUUUAAAGCGAUGGAUCCUUAGCAGAGGAUGGAGAACUGCCCGUUACGUGAAGGAGCCUGGUGAGGGUCCUAUGUACGCGCAAAUCUCCCCACUACCCUCUCUGAGCCACCUACCCCACCGUCUGCCCCAAGCGCAAGCGUGCUCCACCGAAGAAGGGUCACAAGGCCGGAAGCAGCCGGCGCGCGCCAAGAAGGAUGCUGCCGAGUCGGUGCCGGAGACUGCGUAG